AGCUCGACUAAUCGAGACUGUUUAAAGAUGGCGCCCUAAAGCCCAUUAUUUGUUUUCUAUGGGUACAAAGUAUGUUUAAGUGCAUUAACCGGACAGCCCACUUCACCAGAUAUCUCAAGUUAACAGGAAACGGUGUCCAUAUUAACCAAGGUUUUAGGCUGGUGUCAUCCUUAUCUCUCACAAUGGCCGAACCAGUUGUGAGGAGGGUGAUCACUGACAUCAUUCGCUCUCCUGAAGACAAAAGGGACUACAGGGGUCUGGAGUUCACCAAUGGACUGAAGGCUAUUCUCAUAAGUGAUCCAACGACAGACAAAUCAUCCGCUGCUUUGGAUGUGCAUAUAGGUUCACUGUCAGACCCAGAGAACAUCUCAGGCCUGGCGCACUUCUGUGAGCACAUGCUGUUUCUGGGGACCGAAAAGUACCCCAAGGAAAACGAAUACAGCCAGUUCCUCAGCGAGCAUGCUGGAAGCUCCAACGCCUUCACAAGCGGGGAGCACACCAACUAUUACUUCGACGUGUCCCAUGAGCACUUGCAAGGAGCUUUAGACAGGUUUGCCCAGUUCUUUCUGUGCCCUUUGUUUGACGAGAGCUGUAAGGACCGGGAAGUGAACGCUGUGGACUCUGAACAUGAGAAGAACCUGAUGAAUGAUUCUUGGAGGCUUUUCCAGUUGGAGAAGGCAACUGGCAACCCAAACCACCCCUUUAGUAAAUUUGGGACAGGUAAUAAAUUAACACUUGAAACAAGACCAUCUAAAGAAGGGAUUGAUAUACGCCAGGAACUCCUGAAAUUUCACUCUACCUAUUACUCUGCUAAUCUUAUGGGGCUCUGCGUGUUAGGAAGAGAGUCUCUUGAUGAAUUGACAUCCAUGGUGGAGCAGCUCUUUGGAGAAGUGGAAAACAAGAACGUUCCUGUCCCAGAAUUCCCUGAACAUCCGUUCCAGGAAGAGCACCUUAAACAAUUCUACAAAGUCGUCCCCAUCAAAGACAUUAGGAACCUUUACGUGACCUUUCCAAUCCCAGACCUACAGAAGUACUACAAGUCUAACCCAGGACAUUAUCUGGGACAUCUGAUUGGCCACGAAGGACCCGGCAGUCUAUUAUCUGAGCUGAAAUCAAAAGGUUGGGUGAACACCCUAGUUGGAGGGCAAAAGGAAGGAGCCAAAGGGUUCAUGUUCUUCAUUAUCAACGUGGAUCUGACUGAGGAGGGUCUCUUGCACGUUGAAGACAUCAUUUUCCACAUGUUCCAGUACAUCCAGAAACUUCGCACUGAGGGACCUCAGGAAUGGGUGUUUGAAGAAUGCAAGGAUUUAAGUAAAGUAGCCUUCAGGUUCAAGGAUAAGGAGCGACCGCGCGGCUACACCUCCAAAGUGGCAGGCUUAUUGCAUUAUUACCCUCUUGAAGAAGUUCUUGCUGCAGAGUAUCUCUUGGAGGACUUCAGGCCAGAUCUGAUUGAGAUGGUGCUUGAUAAACUAAGACCAGAAAAUGUCAGAGUUGCUGUGGUGUCAAAGUCAUUCGAAGGUCAAACAGACCAGCAGGAGGAGUGGUACGGCACCCAGUACAAGCAGGAGGCCAUUUCUGAAGACAGCAUCAGGAAAUGGGCCAGUGCGGACCUCAACGGAAAGUUCAAACUGCCCAUGAGAAACGAGUUCAUCCCAACCAACCUGGAAAUCUACCCUCUAGAAAAAGACUCUCCUUCAAUUCCAACUUUAAUCAAGGACACUGCAAUGAGCAAGGUGUGGUUUAAACAGGAUGACAAGUUCUUCCUCCCGAAGGCCUGCCUGAACUUUGAGUUCUUCAGCCCGUUUGCAUACGUGGACCCAUUGCAUUGUAACAUGGCAUAUUUGUACCUGGAGCUCCUCAAGGACUCCCUCAACGAGUAUGCAUAUGCAGCUGAGCUAGCAGGCUUGAGCUAUGACCUCCAAAAUACCGUCUAUGGGAUGUAUCUUACAGUCAAAGGUUACAAUGAUAAAUCCCACAUCCUGCUGAAGAAGAUCAUUGAGAAGAUGGCAACAUUCGAGAUCGACGAGAAGCGCUUCGACAUUAUUAAAGAAGCAUACAUGAGGACUUUAAACAACUUCCGAGCCGAGCAGCCGCACCAGCAUGCCAUGUACUACCUCCGUCUCCUGAUGACUGAGGUGGCGUGGACCAAAGACGAGCUCAGAGAGGCUCUUGAUGAUGUAACUCUCCCACGCCUUAGGGCCUUCAUACCUCAGCUAUUGUCACGGUUACAUAUUGAGGCCUUGCUCCAUGGCAACAUCCCCAAGGAGUCUGCGCUGGGAAUGGUGCAAAUGGUUGAGGACACACUCAUUGAGCACGCUCACACAAAGCCCCUCCUCCCGAGCCAGCUGAUUCGCUACAGAGAGGUGCAGGUUCCAGACGGUGGUUGGUACGUUUACCAGCAGAGGAAUGAGGUCCACAACAACUGCGGCAUUGAGAUCUACUACCAGACAGACAUGCAGACCACCAACGACAACAUGCUGCUGGAGCUGUUCUGCCAGAUCAUCUCUGAGCCCUGCUUCAACACUCUGAGGACCAAAGAACAACUGGGUUACAUUGUCUUUAGCGGGCCCCGUCGAGCAAACGGAGUUCAAGGCCUUCGCUUCAUCAUCCAGUCGGAGAAGGCCCCCCACUACCUGGAGAGCCGCGUGGAGGCCUUCCUCUCUAUCAUGGAAAAGGCUUUGGAGCAAAUGAGCGAUGAAGCCUUCCAGAAACACAUCCAGGCCCUGGCCAUCCGGCGCCUGGAUAAGCCCAAGAAGCUGUCUGCCGAGUGUGCCAAAUAUUGGGGGGAGAUCAUCUCUCAGCAGUAUAAUUUUGACAGAGAUAACCUUGAAGUUGCACAUCUGAAGACGCUGACAAAAGAAAACAUAAUGCAGUUCUACAGAGAGAGGCUCACCGUUCAGGCUCCAAAGAGACACAAAGUGUCUGUCCAUGUCCUCUCCAGAGAGAUGGAGUCCUGUCCAAUAGUGGGAGAGUUUCCGUCUCAGAACGACGUCAACCUGGCCCCCGUUCCGACUCUACCGCAGCCCACACUGAUUCAAGACAUGAACGAGUUCAAGAGAAGCCUGCCUCUCUUCCCUCUGGCGAAGCCUCACAUCAACUUCAUGGCUGCCAAACUGUGAGCCGCGCAGGCCGGCGAGGAGGGAGGGAGGCAGCCGCACCGCUGCUCCCCUUCUGCCUUCCUCCCCCAGCAGGGAAAGGAGGUUCACCUCACUGAGCCUUCAUGACUGUGUGUGAGUGUAAAAUGAAUGCAUGUGCACGCGGCAGGCUCCACUAGAAGCAGAGACGCUGCGUAUCUAAAGAUCCCCAAAGUUAGCCGUGGUCGUUCCAAAUAGCCGUGAUAAACGUAGCGGACUCACCUCAUGUUAAAGGAGACGCCGCUCCCUCACGCUUCAGUGCUGUCGGCUGCUGUAGAGGAAGUAGAACCAUUUAAAAAAAAAAGAUAAUCAGAUCCCUUUACGCAGGAGCUUCACCACUAGGAGCAGCCCUCCACCUCCUCGGACUGGGAUAUCUGGCGCCGCAGCUGUUAAAUUUCAUCACUCUGUCACAUCCAGAUGUUUUAUUCAGAUGUCUGCCUUAUUUUAGAUUUAAAGCCGUGCUCGCUUGGUUGGGGGUUUGUUACCUGGUAAAAUGUUGGGACCCUUUGAGAAGCUGCUUUUUAGCCAACCUGUCAUGAUUCUGAGUUGUUUUUAGGGUUUUAUCGCUUAUAGUAUUUUUGAUUGAAACACCUCAGGGGUAAGUCCAUGCCGUCUGUUUUUUUGUUUUUCUUUUAACUAAUUUUAGUGUUAAUGAAAAUCUGUCGUUGCUCAAACCCCUGAUCAGAUCCUGGCUGCGGGUUAUUGUUUUUCUCCCCCGUGGCGUCUCCGUGGAGACCCCUACACUGUGCAUCUGUGUGCGUGAGACUUCCUGCAGCUUGUGCCUUUCCAUCAGUGACAGCAGCAACGUAGCCCUGCGACAGAUUAUCGUCUUUUUCGUUCAGUUUUCUUCCUUCCCGACGCCAGACAUGUCACAUUGAUGUCAAAUAAGAGCUGGAAAAUAAGACGGCUCAAAUUUUAACAAGUAUUUCCUGAAUAAUAUGCACUUCUCUCACCAAGCAAUAAACAACACGGUCCUGAUUGGGAAAGGUUUCGCCCCCGCGCAGACGAGGUCGCGGGUUGUUGCUCUCUCAGGUGCCUGUCGCACUUUGUCCCAACAUUUUAUUUAUUGUUUUUUUCCUCCGUUUGUACUCCCUGCCUCACCACACCUCCACCAGUCUGGCUUCAGCCUAAAAGAAUGAAAUAAGAUUUGAAUGUUGGGACGGCCGCUUUGAUUGUUCUGCACCAGAAGCUUCUUAAAAUGUUCGGUUUCACUCGGCCUCAGCCAGAUUUAUUUUUUAUUUUAAUUCAACAUUUCCUUUGUGGUUAAACACAAAGACAACAUGCAGCCACAUUUGGUGGAAAAAUCUGUUUUCAGUGUACCAGGAAAAAAAAAAAUCACCAUGACAUAUCAGGCAAGGGUAGGGCGGAUACCCUGUGAAGUACUUAGAGUGGUUUAUAUUUAGAGUUUGUUUUUUUUCUUCUUUGUAUUUUGAUUGAUUUCAACACUCGGCUGUGAUUGGCUGGUUGGGUUACCAUGCCGGUGGAGCGUGCUGAUAAUUUUAGGUUUGGAGUUUUUAUGUUUUCUGUGUGUUUCUAAAUAAUAAACAAGUGAAUGGCA